AAUACAUAGAGUUACCUCCACCAUGAAUAAUCAUUGAUCAACAGCGUUACGCAUCAUCGAUUCAGUCGCAUACUCACUCACUCACUCACUCACCCACUCAAAAUGAAGAGAAUAAAAACACUAAAUGAUAUCUUGACUGCACAGCUAUUCAGUGUGAUAGCCACGGCAGUUGGUCUGCCCUUUAAUAUGUAAGCCUCAUCGUCCGCAGUCAUCAUGCACGCCCUCGAGCCCUUGAUGCUCCCCCGCCCUUCUCAUUCCAUGUGCCCUCGAUCCCAACACUAUCUUGGUUCCAUUUAUUUUCUACUUUAAUCCUUCCUAAUAUGCACACUGUUUGACUCAUUCCCUGAAUGAAUUCAAUCAUUUUUAUUUACCAAAACUAGAUACAAAAUUUGCCCUCACAAUGACCCUACUGCCGAUCCAGCAAACAGCCUUGUCACGCACUUUCCCCCAGGCGGCUCAAAUGUGUAAAUGCAAGAUGUAGAUCUAUCCGACCACACAUUUUCAAUGCUCCAGCGAGAUGACCGCAUUUUUUAGUUCAAACCAUAUUCAUUAUCUUUUCAACACUCAGAGUCAACAAGAUCUGGACCCAUAUUACGGUUUCGCCUCUGUCUCACCGGUCACCAAUGAUGUCUCUAGUUUUAAUAAAGGAGCAUAACUCAAAUCCAAUGCACGCACUCACACCACAACCCCCCACCCCCCAACAAAAUGCUCCUCUCGCGCUUCCAAUCGAAUCACAAAGAAAGAAUCGAGAGCUAGGAAGGAGCAACUUUUCAAAGCAUUUGCCCCGCUCGGCCAAGCAAAGAAGGCUCUGUAUCCUUACUCUAUGUUGUCUACAUCUUUCAGAAAACAGUUAGAAUAUCAUUUUCUCAAGCUGGAAAUGAUUGUCCAGGAGGCAAUUUGUUCUGACCAUACAUCAGAUUCUUCCUCAAUCUCAGAACUAGCAAAUUCAGACAUUAACUCAACAUAUAGUUCAUUCUCUGACACGCCAUUGUCAGACCUAGAAGUUGUGCAUUGGAGGAACCAAACUUUGAUGUUGAAAGUCAGGCUCAUCGAGGUGGACCAUAUGAUUAUCUAGAAGACGACAUCGACAUGAACACGGGAACACCUGGACUGGAGCUUGCUUUAGAGCCCGUGUUUCAAUGUAGAUUCGAAGCCAGAGACAAAAUAUGUCCUUAUUCAACAAAUAGAGAAGCUGAUUGGGUCCGACACGAGGAAUAUGAGAAACAUUGGCCACAGAACGUUACAUUUGCAUACACUGUGCCGAGCCACAAUAUAACGAAUCUCAGAACCCUUAAUGCAUUUAUUUGCCUCUCGUAAUUUCCAACACGGAGAGAAGUCCUCAGUCAUUGCUUGAAUUGCGUGGAAGCAAGAAAAAGGGGUGAAACCUUCGCUGGAGCCAGAACAGAUCAUCUCCGAAAACAUCUAACACAGGUCUAUCAGCUUGCUGGAAUUGACAAAACAUCUACAAGCUGGAAUUACCAAGUUAUAACUAAAUAGCCAAGGUAUUGUGGGUUCUGUACGU